AUGCGAGCAAUAACGUCGCGUCUGUCGCUAAGACGUCUGUUUAAGCAACAAUUCAUUGCGGAUCUACCGGAGCUUAGAAGUAUCUUAGCUGUUCAGAACCUGGUGGCUAAAAUCCCAAAGAAUCCGUCACCACGUCGUCUGAACGAGAAUGACGCGUAUUGUCAAUGGAUAAAGACGUACUGUAGUAUCAAUUCUUUGAAGCAACUGGAUAAGGAUGACUUUGAUGCGUUCAUGAAGGAGAUUGACGUUUAUCUCCAGACACAAGAGGAGGAGGCAUUUCAGGACUGUGGUAUGAUUGGACCAAUGGAGGCGGAGGAGCUCAAUAGUCCCCAGGCAGACGCUUUUGUAGAAGCAGUAAAGAUGAAGCUGGCAAGGCACAUGUGCUCACAUACUGCAGCUAGUUUUGAACUUUUGGAUAAAGAUAAGGAUGGGAAAGUUUACGUUAAAGAGGUAGAGAAGCUGCUGCAAGUUAUAACACAGGGCAACGGAACGGAAUGGCUGAAGAGUCAGUUCCAGCUGUACGAUGCAGACGGCGACAACAUUGUUAACGAGGUCGAGUCAAAGCUUAUUUUAGAGUCAAUUAUUCAGGUGCAGAAGGCGGUCAUGACGGAGAUUUUUGCAACCCAUGUUCAUAAUUUGCCCAAGAAACACGAGAAAUUAUUUGCCAAGAGUCUGGCAGAAGAAGAUUAUAAGUCAAAAGUACCUGAGAAGGUUCGAUGUGUGUUUCAUUUUGCCAACAAGUUGGACGAGGCGCGCAAAACAUACGACGGGGAGCUUUUUGAAGACUCACAGAAAGUGGAAUUUCCAGAACUACACAACAUGCUUGCUGUCUACGCGAAGGGCUUUUACGACGAAAGAUUCAGUUUCUACGAGCGCAAGCAGGAGAGACGAAGCACAUUGUACAAAGGCUUGCUGCUUGCCACUGCCAUAGGUCUGGGUGACUACAUUGCUGCUGUGAUAUAG